AUGGAAAAUAGGAAUUCAGCAUUGUCAACAGUGAAGGAAGGCGAGGCCUUAAAUAAUUUUUUUGCUAAGGAUUUGCGAGAUGGAAAGGAAGUGCGAAUUACUAUUGAUAGCGAAAAUACAGAGCUUCUGGCAUCGAAAACUCAGGAUCAGGCUAACUAUUCUGAGGAAGAUUUGGAUAAAAAGUCGUUUUCCAGUAGCACUUGCGAAAGUUCAUUUGUGGAUGGUUCCUUAGACGAGGUUGUGGUUGGAUCAUGUCGAAAAACGAAUUCUUGUAGUAUAGACAGUGAUGAAAAUGAGGAUGAUUUACGUUCAUCCACAGAAGACAACGAAUCAGAAGAUAGCUUCUGCUCUAAUGAAGAAUCAACUGAAGCAGAAAGUGAAAGCGUUAAUGAAGAUGCAGCUGCUGUUUUUGGGUCCGAUUACCGCAGCAAUUUGGAGGAAAUAAAAGAAGACCGAAAAUAUAGUUAUCCUGAGCAAGCGUCUUUGGUGGAUCCUUUCAGCUUACUUAAUGAUUAUGACAAAAUCGACCCCAAAGACCGGCCCACUCCGGUUGAUUUGGAGGCUGGUGUUUAUUGGUUUGUUGUGCCGAAUAAGCCUAAACUUGGACGCUUACGACUUUUGAAUCGGGCUUUGGAGUUGACAGAAGGUUUAUACAAUCAGGAUAAAGAAGGCAAGAAACCACAAGAAGAACCGAAAGUGAAGAAACUUGUGGAUCUAUAUAGGGCUUUCAGCAUUCAUAUUCGAGUGAAGCACCCGAUAAUGGGGGAAGGGACUUGUUUAGCACUAGUAUUUGUUGGAGAAACAGUUCUUUUAAAGCCGGAGACGAAAAGCGAUACGGAUGUCGAUUAUUGGCACCGUUUAAUGAUGAGCAUCAAAGUUAAGGAUUUUCCUGAAAUUUACGGCAGACCAGUAACACGACAUGAUUUUAUGGAUGUUGCGUGGGCAGUAUCUAUUGUUGGAAAGCCGACCAUUUGGGAUUCUCCUGAUCCCUUCCCAGGAUCAGCAGAUAUAUACAAAGCUCAUCGCUUUUUUCAAGGCCCGAAGUGGUUCGCUAUAUAUGAUAAUACUCUUUAUCUUUGUGACCAGGAUGUCAUUCCACAGCGAUGUAAUCCUCCUUAUCGACCUGAUAAUUCUGUUGAAAUCCCGUGGGGUGUGGUCUACCAGAUUGGUGUGGAACGAUGUUAUUUUUAUUUACGCAUGACUGGAAAUGGGCCCUGGGGACUUGGGACUAUUUAUCUCAUGCUCGAGUCAUGGAGCGCCGCUAAAGCCGUCAGUGCUCAUUUUAGCUGGUUUUUUUCUUUAUCUGGCUGGAAAUCGAGACAGCGUCGUGAACGACUUCGAGAAGAAGGGAAGGUUGCACCGUUGUUGCAAGAGAAUAAACGAAUUGACCUGUUUGACAGAUUAAUUCCGAAGACCCAAAAAGAUUUGGAAAUUGAAAUGGAGCAGAUGUCGGCUCCUCCAAUUGAGGAACAAAUUCUUCAGGCUAUCGCACUCUGGCACACGCACCCUGCGCCUCCUUAUCCUAGAACUCUAGAAGAAGCAAUGGAACCAAAGUCUUUUUUCCCCGGUCCACCUGAAGAAAGAGAUGUUCCAGUAGUGUUGGAUAAAGAAGGCAAACUUGAAGUACCUUCUACAUCAAAGUCGUCUCGUGAAAGACAUCACACUGAGAAAAUAAAGUUUUUUCGUGGAGUGGACUACGUUCACAUGAAAAACGAUGGUACGGUUCUAACUGAUGAACAGCCGUGUCUUCCUGUCCACUCAGAAAAUAAUACAAAGGUGAAUUUGGAGUCUAAGCUGAAUUCCGAAGUAAUGCGUGAAAAAAUCGCUGAAGCUUUAACAACUACAAACUUUAAAAUUCCUCCAACUGAAGAACAGCGAAAAGAUCUUGCUAAAGGGCGGAAAAGAGCAGCGACCAGUCAUUCUUUCUUUGAUCGGCGUUUGAGUGGUAUUUUUCGCAGGGCUCAUUCACUGAAGACAAAAUGGUUGCGACCACCUCGAAAAUCGAAACUUGAAGGCAUGACAGAUGCAGAAUUGUUCAAAUGGCCUGUGCUUGAAAGAAGGACUCGCCAAGACAGUUUUGGUGACACAGAUACUGAUUUAUUUCCAAAAACAGUGUAUGGACAAUCUUACCUGAAGGAAAUUCAUGAAAAGAAGAGGACGUAUCCUGAACAGGAAGAAGACGUCCAGUGGGAUUUUUCAGGUAAUAAACCAAAGCCUUACCACAAGUUUACUUACGAAUUGGCCGCUGCUCUGCAACUUGAUGCAAAUGUGAAAGCAGCGUUAAAGCGAGAAGGCCCGCUCAUCCGACCGGACUUUGAAAACUACUCGAACAAACAAAAUUCGGGGACUGAAUCAGCUGUUGCAGAGGAAACUGUUGAGAUAGGGGAGGACAGUGUAGAUGUGAAAGACUCUAAAGGUGCUGAUUAUUUCGCUCCGAGAAGUGAAGACGAUUACGUUGAGUGUGAUCACGGGAGAAACAACGGAAAGUCUCGGGCAGAAAAGAAGGAUAUGAAGGCUCGCAAGCGGAAGAGCCGUGGAGCUAUAGAGUCGUCGAUGAGUGCAACUCAAGAUUCUGUGAGGGUCAUUAGAACAAUGGAGGAUAUCGAAAAAAUACACGAUAAAGCUGAAAGACGUACCGCGUUGAAGGAAUGGAGAACAAGAGAAUUGAGAUUAUUGCUGACCUCAAGCGUCACUGAUGAGCAGAUAAAUGAAAUUGUGAAAGCUGAGUUUUUUGCAGAAGAUGCUGCUUUUUAUGCAAAGGAGCUUAGUCGUAAAGCUGCAUCUUCUCUUGAGUGCGCAAAGAAAGCUGACCAGGAAGCCAAGAAAGUACGGGAAGUUGCUGAUAGAUGUGACAUUGAGGCUUGCAAGGCACAAGCUGAUGCAUCAGAUGCAUCACUUAAAGCUGCAGAUGCGGCUGCAAAACUAGCUGAAGUUCAUGCAGCUUAUGGGGUUCCAGUUGUUGGUCUCGCAAAAUCAGAGAAGGGUGCACAUAAAUCAAGAAGAAGAUCUGGUCAUAAAUGUCGUAGUCAGAGUGAUCAUGGUGUUCUUUCCCUUCUCAGCAGCCACUUCGACGGCAGGGCGAGGGUUAAAGGUGGCGGCGGGGUAGGGAAAGAUGUUGUAUCUUUCAAGAUUUUUUUAUAUUCGAAGGUAAAGAUGGUAAGGGAAGUUAAUGGAUUUGUCACUUGUGAACAUUUGUCUUUUACUGAAGUGCUUCAGGGAAACAGACAGUUUUUAGCGACGGUUGUUGAACGUAUUCAACGAGCGGAAGAAACUGUCGAACUGGCUGAUACGCCAGCUUUAUCUGUUGAUAGUUCAGCUCCUCAGCCAGCAUCGCUGAUCAUUCGACUAUGUCAUCGCUGUUUUACCAAAAUGGAUACAGGCCAUCGUGCAAUUUUUGUGUGGACGUUGUUGCUCUUCGUUCUUAUAUUUUUGGUCGUGUAUUUAGACGGUGGACUAGACCAAGAAACACUGAUCUUUUUCUCACUUUUGUGGUUUUUUGAUUUCCUUUCUGUCACAGAAGUUGCAGCAGGAAUAGUACGUUACUAUAGGAUUCGGUGCUCUGAUCAAAGUGCUGGUCGAAGAACUGGUUCUUUUUUUGAUGUCCGGAAGACCAUUAUCACCAUUGGUAAUUGA